AUGGGUGUCAGUUGUGCUGUGCCAUCACCUUACCAACCAACCAUACCAGAAUCGACUGCUGGGCUAGGAGAAGGUUAAAGCGGCACCAGAGCCAUCAAGGAAUCGGAGACCCAAGAGGACAAGGAGAUUGAUUAAGAGACUAUGUUCUUAAUUUCCUUUGGGGAACAUGAACACUGAUUCUCUCUUCAGAACUAUGUACAGUUUGAAAAUUGAAGUUUCUGUUUGCAUAUUUUAGAAGAAGAGACUAUCGUUAGUACAGUUGACUUUAUUGUUAGUGGAGAUUUCUUUUUCAUGUAAAGGAGCAUUUUUGUGAGGAAAGGAGAGAUGUAAUGUAUUAGGCCGCUAAGUAUGCUGGGAUAGGAAAAACCAUGUGCUUUUGAUAGCGGCAGCCAUGUCACGUUUGCAAUGAAAUUGGUUGUGUUAAAUCUGAUUAUUUGGAUACUUUAUUACUGUUGGGAUCACUACACUUUCUAUCUGUACAAUUGUACGACUAAGAAGAAUAACAGCAAUAGCAAGGAACAUAUUGACAUGCAAAAAAACUGAUAACUUUACCUUUGUAUGUACGGUUGUUUAAACAGCAAAAUUAAGACAACUUGCAAAGCAGCAUUUAAAAUUAAAUCCUUAAUUCUAUUUCGUCACCACUGCCACAGGGUUCCCAUGAGAUUGCAGUACGCAUGCGCACGUUAGUGCUUUCACUUCGCGCCUUCAGGAAAGGAGCAAAAAUUUUUCUCGCGCAUUUAUCUACCAUUUCUACCUUUUUCACGUCAAAUUCACAGGAAUACUGUUUGGUGAACCUUAUCAACUUCUACACAAUGACAGAAGAUCGAACAGCAGAUGGUUCUCCUGGCCACAUGAGCUGACCCGAAGCUGAUGCAACACCAUUGACAGGACUCUUGCAAGAACUCCCAGCUUCAAUUGCACAGCUCACUCAAGCCUCACUAUCCCAGACGGAAGCCUUCAAGAACCUUGAAGAUCUCCUUUUAUUACCUGACCCACAAGAGGAACUUUCAGAUAAAGAGGAGCCAAACCACGACGCUGUUGACCAAACGGCCACCGUGAAUGCCUUGCUUGACACAAACAAAGGCGCCCAAGUGGCAAAGUCGGCCGAUGGACAAGAUCAACGCUCCAUGACAGAGCAGGAUAUUAUUGAUAGCCUGACUCAGGCUUUAAAAUCCAAACCAAAGAAAUCUCCACCCAUUGACGCCAAAAUUGCAUCUUUAGUCGAUGACAAUUUGACCGAAGAUUUGUCCGCCGACAUGGCAAGGGAGAAAGGAGAGAAGUAUGCUCCUCCUGAAAAUUGCAAACACCUUCAAGCUAUUACUAUUAAUGAGGAAAUUUGGGACCUCAUGUCUAGAAAGAACAAGUCGAUAGACUUAGCCUUCCAGAAGGUACAAGAGCCACUCGUUGAGGGCUUAUCGGCGCUUGCAAUUUUGUCAGACUGCCUAGAGAAAGACGUCCAGUCUUCCAAGACUACAAACACACGUGAAGUUUUAAACCAAGUUAUGGACGCAAUUGCCAUACUUGGGAAUGCCAAUUGGAGGCUAAACAUGAAAAGGCGAGAGAUUAUUAAGCCUGAAUUAAACCCGCCUUACACAAGGCUUUGA